AUGUUCGCUAUCCCUAAAGUUGAUGUCUAUUAUCAUGGUGUGGACGAGGGACUGAAGGAGAUGAAAGUCCCUGACUGGAGUAUCUCGAGCGACGAGGCCUUCAGCAAGUCCAUGGGUGUUGCCUUCAUCCCCGAUCCAGAGGAGAGCGCCAAAGUCGCGCGAGCCAUGAAGGAGUACAGCGCUUCGCUUCGUGACCGGAACCCUUCCAACGGGUUCUUUGCGACGGUCCCCUCUCUCGAGCGUACCGACCUUGUGCUUCGCGAGCUUCGCUAUACUUUCGAUACCCUGCACGCCGACGGUGCGACCUUGUUUGCCAGUUAUGCCACCCCGGGGGGUUACUUGGGCCACCCAGAGUAUGUGCCCGAUUGGGAGGAACUCAGCCGCCGUAAGGCUGUCGUGUUCGUCCAUCCCAUCAAUCACAAGGACUCGGUUUUUGUGACGACACACUGCCGAUGCCUGCCUUCGAUUGGCCGCACGAGACGGGACGCACGGCCAUGGACUUGA